UUAUUUGAGUGUUUUUGGAAGUAGACCUGUAACAUGGAUUAGAACACAGAAUGAUAACCAGGAGUCUAAUUGUUAUUGUACAGCUUCUGGUUGCCACAGAUAGCACGUGCGUCUUCCCAAAUAAUUUUUGGACAACAUCUGGUAUAGACACAUGGCAUGUCAGCCACAAAGGGACCGUGAAUUUCACGUCCACGACGAUGGUUAAUUGGCAGGUGUGGACCAUAGGAGCGUAUACUUUUACUUGCGAUACAACGGAUAACACUUAUUAUGUACUUAGAUCGGAGGAAUUCACGUACCUGGGACUGAAGCUGGAAGCUUUCCUCUGUUUUCAGUUCACCGAACAAUCAUCCAGUAAAUACACCUUCUAUUUCCCAACAACUGAGCUGGGUGAUGCGGGAAAUGAGAGAAUCAAGAUUUUCCUCAAGGAUGACAACAAAGUUGUAUCGUCCAUGACAGAAUUCUGUGAUGACACCUCUGCAACUAAUCUUACUCAACACAUUAUGGUCAAAGAAGGAAAAAUAGACGAGGCAAAAAUAACUUGUCCGACGGAACUGCAGAGUACCUGGAACUAUACCUACGACAGCGGAAGUGGAAAUGUGUGUGGAGAUGCGUACCUUGACGUCUGCACAGACACCAGUUUAUUGGACUUUGACUAUUCAAAAUGUUCACAAACGCAAGGCUACUCUGCUGAUGGCGAGUUAAAUUGCUUAUACUCAUCCACCUCUGGUUCCUACACUUUCCUGUUUGUCUACAACACGGAUACCAGCACAGACGAACAGACCACGUACAGAUUUACAUGUUAUAUAUACUCUGUUGAGAAUGGCAUGGUUUACUUGUCUCAGAAUCCACAGGACUGCCCACCAAAUGGCAAUUCUACCUACGCGGCUUCAGACGGGGCACUUGUUGUUUUAACUGACUCAUCCAGCUGCCCAACCUACGACACCUCAACAUACAGCGCAACAGUGGAAAUUGUGCUCGGCCUUUUGGCCUUCCUCAUCGUUAUCGCCAUUGUGUUGGCCUUGAUCUACUACUGUUACAAACGAAAACUAAGGCUCGAGGCAGAGGCCCUUAAAGCAAAGCAGGAGCAGGACGAAAGAGAGAGACUAGAAAGAGAAAAGAGAGAGAGGAUCCGAAUGGAAAAGGGUGCUCUUACACCUACGCUCGAUCUCGGUUUUCCGGAUGAAUCUGUGUAUGAUAUUACAAGAUUGUUUUAUGAUGACGAGGAACCCGUGACUCCGACUAAGGUCGAGACCGAUAUCAACGAAAGACUUUUAGAUCAAGACAAUGAGGGAUUAAAACAUGACGAUUUUAUGGAUGAAUACAAACUUCGACAAAUGAUGGAAUCCGAAGAUUGGAUUGAGGCCAGAAAGCGAAAAGUAGCUGAUGAGUUUGAAGUUGCUGAGACGCGUACUAAAAGUGCUGCACAGAGACUUAAAGACAUGGCUCGAGAAAAAAUAAAGAAAGGAAAAAAUAAGUUACUCCAUAAGAAAGAGAGCACUGAGGACCAGGACAAGAAAAACGAAAAGAGUACCAACCUGCAACUUUUACCGGAUCUGAUCGACACUGAUCCGGAUUCGGAUGGAUAUGAAUUUAAGUCGCACGCGGGUUGGAAAAAAGUGAAGCCCGCGGUAGACUUGGAUGGAGAAUGGGAUACUAGGAAGAAGAGAAAGAGAAGAAAGAAAAAGAAAAAAUCAAUGGGAUCUGGUUAUGAUGAUGCAAAGCUGAACAAAAUUCCUUUACGGAGAAUCGGAAGGAGGAAAAUUGACCCUGGCUUGCCUGUAGUAGAAGGGGAGAUACACCUACCACUUUAUCGAGAAGAUCCGAAACUUCGGGACCUACCUCCUCUACAGAGAAUCCAACGAAGGCGAAAGAAAAAUUUAUGGAGCGAUAUGUUUGGGGACAUUCACGGAGGAGAGCCCGUGGACAUGGAGGCUAUAAAUAGAGUCCGAAUGUCAGAAAACAAGUGGAAACUUCUUCUGGAGGAGCUAUACGCAGACAAGCAAUACUUUGAUUAUGCCAGAAAAUCGUCGGCAGGUAGACGUGUCGAAAAAGACAUCAAUGUAAAAUCGCAGCACAGCUUGGAUUACUUGUAUGACAGGGCCCAGUAUUGGAAGGAACAACCGCCAGUAGAACAGAGAGGCACUUAUCGCUCUCCCCGGUCUGACCCCAACACUCAGCGUCAAGGGUCGCCAAGAAAGCGUUCUCCGUCCGCACAUCGGAACAAUUAAGACUCAUAACGGAUUUCAAAUUCUCAGACGACGAACUCUUCUGUGAAACUAUACAUUAAUUUGAUAGAAGAAUAUUUCGAUGUUUGUACAUUUUAUGUGAUAUUCAGAUUUAUUAAGCCAAUUUAUCAAGACAAGUUCAUUCUUCGUAUCAACAAGCCAUUGCACUUACCCUAACUCAGUUAUUUCUAUCAAUAUAAAUGAGUCGUGGUAAAUGAUUGAUUUAGAAAUAUGGUGAAUGCGUCUAAACGUUUGGGAAAACCAAACAUGCACAUCUUUUGUCCAUCAAAACUGAUAACUUUACUGAUUUUGUUAAAUCCAUAGCUUUUAUUUUGUAUAUCACGUCUUGAAUCACUGUUCAGUUUAAAAAUAUAACACCUACUGCCUUUCAAGGUGAUUCACAUCCAAGGUCAAUCCCACAAGUUGCACAAAAAUAUUUACGUCAUUUUUGAAUCGAUAAGAGUGUUAGGUAUAGAUAUGUACUUUUUGACAAAAUAUUUGUGCACGUGAGCAUACCCCUAUUCUUUGUAUGCGAUAAGUAACUGCUAGUGAAGAUUUUGAAGGUGUACACAGAGUUAAGUGGUAAAUGCACGUUAUUUCCUACUGUUCAUUCAAAUGAUUUUUAUAUUUUCCUUGAAAUUGAACUAUUAAUUAUGUACAUAUGUAUGCUAUUUUAUCGAAUAAAAUAAAGUGCAAUUAUAA